AUGACAGGAAACGUGUGGUUCAUCGUAGGUGCAAGCAGCGGCUUUGGGCGAGCCAUAGCCAUUGAAGCUCUAAAACGGGGCGACAACGUCGCGGCAGCGUCACGCGAUGCGUCCAAGAUGACAGACCUCAAAGACGAUGGUGCCAUGACUUUAAAAUUCGACGUUACGAGCGAUGAAACAGCGAUAAUGGACAUGAUGCAAAAAGUCGUCGAUGUCUAUGGCAGGAUCACGCACUGCGUUAAUGCUGCUGGAUAUCUGUUGGAGGGUGUCAUAGAGGCCGCUUCAUACGAAGAGACUCGUUGUAUAUUCGCAACAAAUGUGCUGGGUACUGCCACUGUAACACGUUGCGCGCUACGGUUUCUUCGCCCACAGGGUUUUGGCGUUAUCGCAAACUUCGGCAGUCUCGCAAGCUGGGAGGGAGGGUUAGCAUACGGCUACUACUCAGCUACUAAGUUGGCGGUAUCUGGGUUUACCGAGUCGUUGAACCUAGAGUGCCGACCGCUAGGAGUCGCAGCGGUGGUUAUCGAACCGGGAUUCUUCCGAACCAAAGUCUUAAACGAAGGCGGCAGUCAUCGUCUCCUCACACAAGAGCAGUUACAAAGUGAGUACGCAGACGCCGGACUCGCUGUACAGAAAGAGGCCAUUUUACACAUGGAUAACAGGCAGCCUGGCAACGUGGACAGAGGUGCUAGUGUCAUUGUCGAUGUGUUGACACAGACUGGUGUCGGUUCUGGGCGGGAAAUCCCCCCGCGACUUGUUCUCGGGAGUGAUGCGCUACGGGGCAUUAGAAACAAGUUGAAGAAUACCGAAAUGCUUCUGAGGGAAUGGGAGGAUGUGAUAGUCAGCACAGAUUAUGAUUGUGUGGAGCGGGAGGUGUAG